CAACAAAUCCCAUGGAUCUGAACGGACAAACAUUCGGCCCAUUUUUCAAUACCUUUGCUGGUAAUGGGAAUAAUUCUAAUGGAAAAAAUGGGUCCACUCACAACGGACCCACCCGGCCCACCAACUCAACAAAUCACUCCAAAAAUAACUCUAAUUCCCCUUCCCCAAAAGAACUAAUAAUAUAAAUUACUCUAGCAAAAAGGAUAAUAAAGGAAAGGCUGCCAUAUCUGCUUCCAUUAAUUACUUUGGCGGCAGCUCCUCAAAAACCAAAGAAAUUAAUAAAACCCCCAUCCACGCCCCUCCUCCGGGGGAACCUAUGGAGAGCCCCAUGGCCACCUCUCCGAGAAACACCAGCUUCGUCCCCCAUGCAAGUAAUCAUCACGUUGAGAAGGCUGAAAAGACCCCAAGAGUCACAUCCACUAACUCUUCAGCUAACCUCUUAUUAAUUAAUUCACCAUGCCCAGAGACUCACUCCUCUCCCAAAAGUUCUCCAAUCUCUGCAACCAAGCUCACUCCAAAUGGAAAACCCUCUAACGUCCCAACCAGCUUCGAUUGAGCCCCUCUUCUAUGUCACCACUCCAACACAAUCGGACCGGAAUCCAACGUCGUGGAUGGAGAUGACACUCGAGGGAAAAUAGUUGCAACUGGAGCUAAAAAUAGUCAACCAACCUGUAACCCUGAUAAUCAACGAUCCAUCCUAUCUUGCUCUAAUAGCACAGGAGAUCAUGGACCAAGCGGUGAAACAAAUGGGAUCGGAGCUCUAGCAACAGUCCAUGCUAGCAACUCAGCUACCACAUCUUCAAGGAAUUUCCUCAAUGGGGGAGCUGAACAUUCUCAUGAAGAGUAUGUUCUAAACACUACCAAUCUAUCCAACCUCACCAUAUCUCAAGGCCAACCAAUCACCGACCUUUACUCAAUGGACCCCCCUCCCCACAUACUGUCCCUGACAACACUACAGGGGGAAGAAGGCCAAGGCCAAAGAAGCAAGUCCAUACUCGAAGCUCUCAAACAGAGCAACUAGGAAAUGGAGUCAUUCCUAAACUCCUUCGGAGAACCAAUUCAGGAGCUCUUCGUAUUGGAAAUGACCCUUCACAAAAACUUCAACGAGUCCUUCAGCUCAGCUAUUAUAACACACUCAAUGGGGAUGAGGAAAUCCUUCACACAGAUGGUGAAGAAUUCAACAAGAAAGUUAGCGGCGACUUCGAUACUGAGCCCUCAGACAUCACUCAACGAAAAAAGGAAAAUCCCAAUGUGUCAGCAAACCAACAACAUGAAGUUCAUCAUUUGGAACACAAGGGGGUAAAUAGUACUAGUUUUCGGCGCUAAUGCCUCAACAUGGUCAACACUCAUAGGCCCGCUAUGUUAGUACUGUUAGAAACUAAGAUGCAGGAACACAAACCUUUGUGCGAUGCAUUUGGCUUCGGUCUGUUCAUUCAAUCGUCUGCAGUUGGUCUGAUGGGAGGAAUAGCUGUGAUGUGGAGAGAUAAUUUCAUCCAUCUUGACAACUUACUCACCUCCCCUCAAGGUAUUUAUGUUAUUAUCAAGAUCCUUGAAAAGAUGCUCCAGGCACCUCCACCAGUCCACAUCUUUAGAGAACAGAACAAAGUUGCGAACGCUCUGGCAAAAAUGGGACACAACGCCAUGGAGUUUAACUUGCCAGUUAUUUUGUCUACCCCCUCCCCCCUCCCCUUUUGCUCAGGAAGUUCAUGAAGACUCGGUAGGAAAGACUUAUCUAAGAACAAUUAAUUCAAACUCUAUUAACCUAGUAAGCAGAGUUGUGGCUACUGAUGCUAACAGUUUUUGCGAACGUACUUGAUUAAUAUUAACAAUCCUUUCAACCAAAAAAAAAAAAUUGACUCAUCACUUUGAUCUCUCCAACAAGAUGUCCUUUACUUUACCACAAAUGUUUAGAAUUAAAAAGUUGUUUGUACGCUAGAAAAGAAGUUGAAGCUCUAAGCAUAUAAUGAAGUGGGGAAUUCAUUGAUGAAGUCGGAAUCUUUUGUUAAAUGACCUUUUCAAGUCUUCUUUUUAAUUAAAUAAACUACAAGUUAUUUUUUUA